GUAAACAGUCCAGUCAACAUGGCUACCUCCGUGAGGAAAGCAGCUCACGACGUAGAGACGCGAAAGCGGACCGAUGAUGUGCUUCUGUCGGAGGGAAUCGACUUCAGCUCCCUGCUGCUGUCUCCGGCCGUGCUGGACGGACUGUCAGCCGCAGGCUUUCAGAAACCUUCCCCCAUCCAGCUCAAGGCGAUCCCGCUGGGCCGCUGCGGACUUGAUUUGAUUGUGCAGGCCAAGUCUGGCACGGGGAAGACGUGCGUGUUCUGCACCAUCGCCCUGGACUCCCUGCUCCUGGAGAAUCCUGCAACUCAGGUUCUUGUCCUGGCUCCUACACGUGAGAUAGCGGUCCAGAUCCACUCAGUAGUGAUGGCCAUAGGCUGUGCCAUGGAGGGCCUCGAGUGCCAUGUCUUCAUCGGGGGCAGGCCUGUGAGUCAGGACAAACUCCAUCUGAAGAAGUGCCAUAUAGCUGUGGGCUCACCUGGUCGUAUCAAGCAGCUUAUCGAGCUUGGGAUGUUGUCCACCGCCAGCAUCAGACUGUUUGUACUGGAUGAGGCAGACAAGCUGCUGGAGGAGGGCAGCUUCCAGGAACAGAUAAACUGGAUCUUUGCCUCUUUGCCUGUGAACAAACAGAUGCUCGCACUCUCUGCCACCUACCCAGAAUCCCUUGCUCAGCACCUUACCCGCUACAUGAGAGAGCCCACUUUUGUCAGACUCAAUCCUAGUGACAUGGGCCUUAAAGGUCUGAAGCAGUAUUACAAGCUGGUGCAGUCCCACCCUUUACCUCACAAGGUUUAUGAGGAGAAGGUGCAGCACUUGCUGGAGCUUUUCAGUAAAAUCCCAUUCAACCAGGCCCUGGUGUUCUCCAACCUACACACAAGGGCUCAGCACCUGGCGGACAUCCUGUCCUCCAAAGGCUUGCCUGCAGUUUGUAUCUCAGGUGGUCUGAGUCAGGACCAGAGACUGGAGGCGAUGUCAAAAUUAAAGCAGUACCAAUGCAGGGUGCUCAUCUCCACUGACCUGACUUCCAGAGGUAUAGAUGCAGACAAAGUAAACUUGGUGAUAAACCUGGACAUGCCACAGGACUGGGAGACAUACAUGCACCGAAUCGGACGGGCCGGCCGCUUCGGCACUCAGGGGUUGGCUGUGACCUACUGUUGCCAUGGUGAGGAGGAGAACAAGAUGAUGGCUAUCGCUCAAAAGUGCGGCCUGAGUUUGUCUGCGUUGCCAUCCACCAUCGAGCCGGGGUUGAUGGACGAGCCGUGUGACUGGGAGAUCUGCACCGAGGCUUCCACUCCAGGCCCCUUAUCCCUUCUCUCCUCUAGGACGGAGAAGAAGAGGCGUGCCAAGUCAGUCACGGAUCAAGCUCUAGAGCAAAGCGGCCAUAGAAAGCCAGAGAAGCUGCAGCCAGAGAAGACUCAUCCAGCACCCAGAAUGAAAGAGCACAAUGAGGGGAAUCCCAGAAAAGUGUCUACUGCAAAGGAAACUCUUCCAGUCCUCCUGUGUCCUCCUGUGGCGGAGCCGACCCGAAAAGAGCUGCAAGACGCUCUGCCAAAGAUCUCUCCUCUCAGCUCGUUCAAGAGUUGUGGGUCAAGGUUCAUGACCUUUGAGGAGGCUGAGCGGGACUUUAAGAGUUUCAUUACUACAGGGUUGGGGAGAUCAGUGGAGAUCAUCAGGGAGUUCAGAGGCCGAGAGGACGGCGACCCCGAUGAUCAGACUGUGCGUAGAGAGUCCAUCACACUUUAUGGUGACGGAGCUCAAAGUUCAAAACAAAAUGUAAAACGCUGGAAGUCUGAAUUUUCACAUCCAAGGUCAUUUUCUGGUUCUUCAAGCUCUGACAAGGAUGAUGGUGAAUACCGAGCAACCACUAAGCCUCAGACUGAAGCUAGACAAAUACCCACUGUGUCCAAACCAAAGGCAGAGACAACCGGGUCCCAAGCUUGCACUUCCUCUGCACCUCACAUAUAUCCCCAGACAACCUGUGUGUCAAACAGGAGAGCUUUGUCUCAGCCCGAGAACAACGACUCGGUACCCGCCGUUAAAUCAAGCAGGCGACCCUAUCAGACAGCUCCAGCACAGUGUGGCAGAAAUGACUCGAGAGACUUUAAAGAAGAGAUUGGGAAACAGAGCAAAGAGAUUACAGAGGCGAUGAAUGGAGAACAAAAGCGGGAGAGGGAUGAAAGGGAACAAGACGAUGACUAUUAUGAUGACGAUGAAGAGGAGGGGAGUGCGGAAACUUACUGGAGAGCCAGCUACAGAGCCUGGAGUGAUUACUACGCCUCCAUGCCUCCUUUUCAAGAGCAAGGUUACCAAAGUUACUACAGCGUAGCCCACAACUGGAUGGCAGCGUAUCGCAUGAAUGCGGUCUACAUGGAAGAACUGCUGAAAUACUGACUUUGUCAAUACUGUUAAAAUCAGGAUGUCGGAUGAUACUAUUGUCUGAGUGUCUGAAUGUCAUCUGAACCUUGUGGUCAGACACAUUGCACUUAAAUGUGAGUGUGUGUAUUUUUCAAUAAAUUCAUACCAUAUACUGCA